UUACCUAAGUUUAUUGUUAGAGGGACCGCGUAGCACACUGUAGACGGAGCUUGACGAUUUAGUGCGUCUCGCAAGCUGGUCCGGGUAUCACGUGUACCGGCUCUGAUCUAUCUUGAUCAUCUCGUGAUGACGCGGAAAGAGAUCUCGGUGAUAAUGCGUGAAAACAUGUGCAAGUGCAAAUUAAGGUGAACCACAAAAUGCCUAACUAAGUAAUUUUUAUUAUUGUUAUAAUAAAUCUUUAAUUCACGAUAAAAUCGUGAAUGGAUAUAUGUGAGGUGCAGUUAUCUACGAUCUAUUUGAUAAAUGACUUUAAUAGAACAAUCUAAAAUUAUAAAAUAAUAAAGCAAUGCUGUUACACAAUAAUUGCAUAAAACUCUAAUUGCAUAAUUUUAAUAAGUGUAAAAAAAUAGAAUGUUGCCACAAGGAAGAAAUAACUUUCGUAUGCAGAUUAGUUUUUGGUGGUACAACUUCAAUCGCCAAAACUUCAUUAGAUUCGUAUACGCAUGAAAUUUCCCCGUACAAUAGGAAAUAAAAAAUGCUAUGAUAAAACAACCCGUAUUGUGAAAAAGGGAGGCUGUUUCAACGCAUGUCGUCCGCAAGUCGGCCUCGCGCACAAUGCAACUCGCCGCGCCCAAUGCAAUCGCAUUCUAUUAAUGAAUGUAGUUCGCAUCCGUAGCACGCGCGUUAAGAUCGUUACGAAAUCUCGCGUCACGUGUGCGAGAACCGAAAGUGGAAGGAAGGAAGGAAGGAAGCACGUGAGGCAUUAUUAAACUUCUCGUGCUCUAAUCCGGGUGUAACGCGCGUGGUUUACGUGGUCGGAACGAAAACUAUGCGGUACGAUGAGGGGGCUAAGAAGAAUCGGUGGUGGCCUACCGAGCGGGAAAAAGCUGGACUGCUGCCAGAAGAUGCGUCAAGCUCGAGGAGUAUUGCUGGUGUACUUGAGCAUCUGUGCAUUGCUGCCCGACGCUAUUUUCACUGCGUCAGCACACGUACGCGUCACAUCCAACGAAGAUGCGCAGCGGCAUGUAAACGAUACCUAUAAUGAUUUGAAGGAAGAACUGCCCAUUUUUGAGCCGACAGCAGCGAAUGUCAGUGCAUUUGUGGGACAAACCGCAUAUCUACCGUGCCGCGUGCGAAAUUUGGGUGACAAAGUAGUUUCUUGGAUGAGGAGCAAGGACCUCCAUAUUCUUACUUCGGGAAAUUUUUCGUUCAGCUCAGAUGCGCGAUUCGGACCCCAGCAUACCCCAGGCAGCGACGCUUGGACCCUCAGGCUGGAUAACGCCAGGAAGACGGAUUCUGGCAAGUACGAGUGCCAGGUCAAUACGGAACCGAAGAUCAUGUAUGCAGUGCAGCUCUCUGUGCGAGAUCCAGACAAACCAGAGGGCUAUGACGAGCCACAUUCUCAGCAGACACGUAUAAGCUACGAGAGUACAGCGCCGGUGGCAGACAUAAUGGGUCCCCGGGAGCAAAGGGUGCCAUCAGGGUCGACGAUCACCCUGAGGUGCGUCAUAUUGUCGCCGUAUCAGACCCGUCCCAUCAGGGGUGUACAAUGGCUUCGGGAUAACAAACUCCUAACAUUCCAGGCAGCGCGCGGAGGAAUAAAUGUAGAGACCGUUGAGGAAGGGGAACGCACGGAAGCCAUGCAACGUGACGCCGGAUACGUCUCUUCCGGAAGUGACGUCAGGCACUGGCCCGGACUUCUGCUUCCGUUUUCAUGGUUUCUAAUACUCGCGCGCAACAGCCAAACUUUCUUGCUCUAGUGCACACUCGACAGUAUUUCACGCUUAUUUCUUGCCGUUUCCAACGCUGAAAUGUACCUAAAACGCGACCAAGCAAAUCUAGAUUGUUAAGAUAAACUUUUAUAGAUUUUAAGAACAUAAUUUAUAAACUGCGUUAUAUUAAUAUGAUACACUAAAUGAAGAGAUUAUAUCCAAAAAUGGAUUGCGAUAAGAUUUAUUUGAAGGAUUCGAAUUUACCUUCUACAAUAAUUGCAAGUAUGUACAAAAAAAGAAUAAUAGAAAGCUUGAUUUAACUC